AAGAAGAAGAAGAAGAGAGCCACUUUAUUUUGUCAUCGCACAGUUGUUCGGUCACAAUGAAAUCCGUUCUCUGCAUUUAACCCCGUCCUAUUGUGCGGCAGCGGUGAGCAGCUGUAGCACCCGGGGCACCGAACUUCACUUCGCUUCCCGUUGCCUUGCUCAGGAGUACCAGGCAGGAGUAUUAACCCCUAAAAGUGACGCUCAUCGCUCGCAGCUGACGGUCGCCGGUGCUGGUUAGCCGAGUUGGGAGCCAGGGAGGGCAGUUAGCUGGUGGCAAGAGACUGCGUGUGUGUGUGCGUGUGUGUGUAUAUGUGUGUGUGUGGUGGGUGGGGGGGGAAGGUGCUCUAUCUGACCGAGGGCUGCUGGAGUAAAAAAAAAAAAAACCCUGCCCCGGGGAAAAGCCGCGACCACCGCGGACAAACGAGCGAGGCCCGAUCUCGGCGCAGCCUCAAGGGGCGAAGCAGAACACGGCCAUGGCUAACAUCGCAGUCCAGAGGAUCAAGCGGGAGUUCAAAGAAGUCCUCAAAAGCGAAGAGACGAGUAAAAACCAAAUAAAAGUAGAUUUGAUGGAUGAAAACUUCACAGAACUAAGGGGAGAAAUAGCGGGUCCACCAGAUACACCAUAUGAAGGUGGCAGAUAUCAACUUGAAAUCAAAAUCCCAGAAACGUAUCCUUUUAACCCACCCAAGGUACGAUUCAUCACUAAGAUUUGGCAUCCGAACAUCAGUUCUGUGACAGGAGCAAUAUGUCUGGACAUAUUAAAAGAUCAGUGGGCGGCUGCUAUGACUUUGCGAACAGUGCUGUUGUCGGUACAAGCUCUUCUCGCUGCAGCAGAACCAGAUGACCCACAGGAUGCAGUAGUAGCCAACCAGUAUAAGCAGAAUCCAGAAAUGUUUAAGCAGACGGCGAGGCUUUGGUCUCAUGUCUAUGCAAGUGCUCCUGUCUCCAGUCCUGACUACACACGCAAAAUAGACAAACUCUGUGCCAUGGGCUUUGAUAAGAACGCAGUAAUAGCAGCCUUGUCUUCAAAAUCCUGGGAUGUGGAAACGGCAACAGAACUGCUCCUUGGCAAUUGAAACCCGGCCUUGUUUGAAGAGCUCAAACUCCCUUCAUCACAGCAUCGACUCCUCCCCAGCUCCAUUUCACCACUGCCUUCUCUUACAUCAAACCUCCCAUCUUCCGCGACACUCAGCCUUCUCUUGGGAGGGUUGUCUCAAGUUUGUAUGAUAUAAACUUGGCAACAAUGGCACUUCUGUCACCAAUAUGCACAUCACCUUGCUGCCUACUGUCUCCCAUCUGUUCCUCUAUCCAUUAUGCUCCCCCCAUUGGACUUGAAUCAUUUCCACCACCCUUUUUUUUCCCCCACCUUUUACGCGCCGCCCCUCAAAAAUGAAACGUAUCCACACCCAAACAACAUGCCCCCUCUCUAGUUAUUGUGGCUUCCUCUUUUGGCUCUGACAUUUCUGAUCUUGUUAAGUUAUAAAACUGCCGAUGCCUGGGGAAAUUUCCAUUUUUAGAAUUAAGAGUAAAAUCUAAAAGGAAAUUUUAGAUUCUUCCAACUAAUGUUUCUGACCAGUCAGAGUAUUCUUUAAAUGGAUAUUUAACAUACUUAAGGUCUGACUAUAUGAAAACAUUAGUUGAAUGGUGAAAUAUCUUCUUUUUUUUUUUUUGGUCUAGUGCAAGAGAAGUGUGAGGGACUUUUAAAAAAAUUUUUUUAUAGAUGAUUUGCUUUGAUAUAUCUUCAAUGUUUGCUGGCUUUUGCAAGUCCGAUCCUUCAGGUUAGACAAGAACAUGAAGACAAACUCAACACAUGCAAAGAAGGAAGUUAUCUGUAAAUAGGUGUGUGUAAAUUUGAAAAUAAACGGGGAUAUACUUUUUUUCUUACAUGAUAUUGUAAACCUAUAUUAAACAUGAACUAUGCGUAGUUUACAAUAAUACGGUAACUUGUCUUCUUAACCUUUUGUGAUCUGCGUUUUCCUCACAUGCAGAUUUUUUUUUUUUCUUGGAUUGGCCAUUACAAAUCAACCAGCCAAGGCGGUUGUAGCUCAGUUGAAGUUAUCACAUGCCACCUUCUCUCUCCACCCCCUUCCGUUUCUAUUUCACUUCAUCUUGGAAAGAACUAGACUGGACGACAGCUAGAGCAUAUUGUUCGUAGGGAACCAAAGGCUUUACUAUUUAUUUAAACUAUGUUGCUCACAAGCCUUUUUUUUUUUUUUUCUGGAGAGGCCCAAUGGAAGCAUUAGACGAUCCCGGGUUGGCAAAAAAAAUUUUUUUCCACAGCCUUAUAAUUACUUUAGACCAUAGGCAAUUGCUGUUCUUAGCCCCAUAAUAAGGUUCUAAUAUGCUCUUGAUAUAAAUUAGUAGGGGAGGUAAUUAUGAACCAAUCAAAUAUCAAUGGCUGCGGAACAACUCCCUCCCCCCAUUUAUUUGAUUCAAAACAAUCCAGUAAUAGGCAAUCAAACAUGGACAGUGUCUGCAGGGUAUUGCAAAGUAAUAAUCCAGUAUCAUCUUAAGACAUACAUCUUCUAGUAUAACAAAUGGCCAUGAUGGUUGUCUUUAAGCCUUAUGGAUCGAAAAAGAGGCUGGAAUUCCUCUGUUCUUUCGUAACGUGGGUUGGAGGGCUGCACAAUGCAUACGCAGUUUUUUUUUUUAAGUGCAUGGACUAAAAAGAGGCUGACUACCCUGUGCAGAGGUGGGGUAUCUACACAGCCUCACGUCACUCUCUUCCGAUACAUUCAUCCCCAGGCUUGCCCCACCCCGGCAGAUCGCUACGAGGAGUUGCGGUGCGGAGGCUGCGAGCUUGCUGUCUCCCUCUUUCCCCGAUGAGUCUACCGCUUCAGACCAGAGCCAAAUCGAGUUUUUCUGUGGUCAGGGGUGGUCUACACAUGCUAUUGCCUGCACCUGUAUAUAGCCAGGUUCUUGAGGAAGAGCAGCCUUAUCACUAGAGUGCACCACUGAUGGCUGGAUCUGUAUUUUUUAAGAAAACAAAAACAAAAACAAGGUGCUCUGCUGGUCUUCCACACCAUGUACAAAAUUGCAUGAUGAAAAGGCAUAAAAAAAAGGGGUUUGUUGCAUCUCUUUAAGUUUCUUCUCUUGGAUCAGGACCGGUUUUCUCUUGUUUCUUCUCUGGAGGCAAGCAUCAGCAGUUCAAAGCAUGGUUAUUUAUUGUGACAGUGUCAGUAUUUCUUUGAAUAAUAAAAAAAAAAAGGAGAAAAAUAUAAAAUCACGAGUUUUGCUUUUGUCGUGUGUCCUUUAGUUGCGACGACUCCCCUGGUGCACUGUUCAGCAUCCAAAAAUAUGUGUUUUCUGCAGUAAGAAAAUGUUCACGUCAACGAUACGAUGGCAACAAAAUGACCAAGAAAAAAAGAAAGAAAGUAUAUUAGUCAAAAGCUUGGGUGCAUACCGGUACAGCCAUUUCAGAUCAGAUAUUUAUGAAUAGUUUCAGAUAUCAGAUACGUAGUAGCAGCCACGAAGAAGGCAACAAACACAUCAAGAGAAGUUUCCAUCGAGAUUCAGCCGCCCGUAUCACAAAGUAUCACCAUCUUAAAGCUCGACUGUUAGAAACGGUAACAUUUCAAAGUUUCAAUCCAAAGCAAAUUUUUUUAACUCAACUUUAAAGUACCGAAAGAAAGGGAUGAUGCAUUGCAGUUUCUUUGCCUUCUUUCUAUUUUCUUUUUACAUGAACACUUGCAUUACUUGCAU